AUACCCUCCCACUCCCCACGUACGAUUCUCCAUUCUUUUGUCACCUACCACAUUUUUGUUCAUUAUAUAUGAACACAAUCAACACACUGCUCAUAAUUAAACACUCAACUUUCUGAUGAACACCAUGAAUUUCGAUAUCUCUCUUUGUCUUGGUCUUGGCCUCCAUGAACAAAGACAAAAGAAAAAGAAGGAGAAUCCAUGUUCUAACUCAAAAGCAUAUCAAUAUUCUCUAACAUUAGGAAUAGGAUCCCUUGAUAAUAUUCAUGAGAAAAAUAAUCAAGUUACUACAAAGAUUGAACCAGAUGCUUCUAACUCUACCAGCAUGCAUGUGUCUUCAUUUUCCAACUCCAUUAACAGCAUCAAGAGGGAGAGAGAUGAUCAUCAAGUAUACAACCUUGAAGAGAAGAUUCCAUUUGUUGAUUUUGAUGUUGAUGAAAAUUGUAGCUCCAGCAAGAAGAAACUUAGGCUUACCAAAGAACAAUCCACAGUUUUGGAAGAUACCUUCAAAGACCAUUCUACCCUCAAUCCGAAGAAAAAGCUAGAAUUGGCAAAGAAGCUGAAUCUUCGGACAAGACAAGUGGAGGUGUGGUUUCAAAACAGGAGGGCAAGGACAAAGCUGAAACAAACGGAAGUGAACUGUGAAGCACUGAAGAAAUGCUAUGAAACUCUAACAAAAGAGAACAAGAGGCUUGAGGAGGAGUUGAAAGAGCUCAAAAUGAUGAAAACAAUGGCAGAACCAUUUAACCAUACGCAGCUUCCUGUAGCCGGUAUUACGGUUUGCCCUUCUUGUAAGACAAUUUGCAAGGGCAAUAGCAACAGUAGUGUCAAUGGAACCUUUCACACAAAGGUUGAAAGUCACUUGUAUACAAAGACGAAUAACUAUAUGUUUACCCAAUCUUCUGCAGCUAUUGCUAGCUAGUAAAUACAAUUUGCAUUUUCAGAUAA